AUGCUGUGCGGCCGCUGGAGGAGCCGCCACCGGCGGCGCGAGGAGCCCCCGGUGCCGGCCCAGGUCGCAGCGCCCGUCGCGCUCCCGUCUCCGCCCGCACCCCAGGACGGCGGCAACAAGAGGCCCGGGCUGCGGGCGCUGAAGAAGAUGGGCCUGACGGAGGAUGAGGACGUGCGCGCCAUGCUGCGGGGCUCCCGGCUCUGCAAGAUCCGCUCGCGGACAUGGCAAAAGGAGCGGCUGUACCGGCUGCAGGAGGACUGCCUGAGCGUGUGGUUCCAGCGGCGCAUCCCGCGCGCGCCUUCGCAGCACAUCUUCUUCGUGCAGCACAUCGAGGCCGUCCGCGAGGGUCACCAGUCCGAGGGCCUGCGGCGCUUCGGGGGCGCCUUCGAGCCGGCGCGCUGCCUAACCAUCGCCUUCAAGGGGCGUCGCAAGAACUUAGACCUGGCGGCGCCCACGGCCGAGGAGGCGCAGCGCUGGGUGCGCGGUCUGGCCAAGCUGCGCGCGCGCCUCGAUGCCAUGAGCCAGCGCGAGCGCCUCGACCACACCCACACCUGGAUCCACUUCUAUCUGCAUCGAGCGGACUCCAACCAGGACAGUAAGAUGAGCUUCAAGGAGAUCAAGAACCUGCUCCGCAUGGUCAACGUGGACAUGAACGACAUGUACGCCUACGGCCUCUUCAAGGAGUGUGACCGCUCCAACAAUGAGUGGCUGGAGGGGCCUGAGAUCGAGGAGUUUCUGCGACGGCUGCUGAAACGCCCCGAGCUGGAGGAGAUCUUCCAUCGGUACUCGGGCGAGGACCGGGUGUUGAGCACCCCCGAGCUGCUGGAGUUCCUGGAGGACCAGGGUGAGGAUGGUGCCACACUGGCCCACGCCCAGCAGCUCAUCCACACCUAUGAGCUCAACGAGACAGCCAAGCAGCACGAGCUGAUGACUCUGGAUGGCUUCAUGCUGUACCUGCUGUCGCCUGAGGGGGCUGCCCUGAACCCGGCCCACACGCACGUGUUCCAGGACAUGAACCAGCCCCUGGCCCAUUACUUCAUCUCCUCCUCCCAUAAUACCUACCUGACCGACUCUCAGAUCGGUGGGCCCAGCAGCACCGAGGCCUAUGUUAGAGCCUUUGCCCAGGGAUGCCGCUGUGUGGAGCUUGACUGCUGGGAGGGGCCAGGAGGGGAGCCGGUCAUCUACCAUGGCCACACCCUCACCUCCAAGAUCCUCUUCCGAGAUGUGAUCCAGGCAGUGCGUGACCACGCCUUCACGCUGUCUCCGUACCCCGUCAUCCUGUCCCUCGAGAACCACUGUGGGCUGGAGCAGCAGGCUGCCAUGGCCCGUCACCUCCACGCCAUCCUAGGCGACAUGCUGGUGACGCAGCUGCUGGACUCCCAGAACCCUGAAGAGCUGCCGUCCCCAGAGCAGCUGAAAGGCCGGGUCCUGGUGAAGGGAAAGAAGCUGCCAGCUGCUCGGAAUGAGGACGGUCGAGUUCUAUCAGACCCGGAGGAGGACAACGAAGACGAGGACGAAGAGGAGGCGGGGGCCACAGAGCAGAGGCGGCGGGCCAAGCAGAUCUCCCCGGAGCUGUCGGCCCUGGCCGUGUACUGCUGUGCCAGCCGCCUGCGGACCCUGCGCCCUGCCCCAGCCCCGCCCCAGCCCUGCCAGGUCAGCUCCCUCAGCGAGCGCAAGGCCAAGAAGCUCAUCCGAGAGGCAGGGAACAGCUUCAUCAGGCACAAUGCCUGCCAACUGACCCGUGUCUACCCACUGGGGCUGCGGAUGAACUCCGCCAACUACAACCCCCAGGAGAUGUGGAACUCGGGCUGUCAGCUGGUGGCCCUGAACUUCCAGACGCCAGGUUAUGAGAUGGACCUCAAUGCCGGGCGCUUCCUUAUCAAUGGGCAGUGUGGCUAUGUCCUGAAACCUGCCUGUCUGCGGCAGCCUGACACAACCUUUGACCCUGAGUGUCCUGGACCCCCCAGAACGACUUUCACCAUCCAGGUGCUGACCGCGCAGCAGCUGCCCAAGCUGAAUGCCGAGAAGCCAAACUCCAUCGUGGACCCGCUGGUGCGCAUUGAGAUCCACGGGGUGCCCGCAGACUGUGCUUGCAAGGAGACCAACCAUGUGCUCAACAACGGCUUCAACCCGCACUGGGGGCAGACCCUGCAGUUCCAGCUGCGGGCUCCGGAGCUGGUGCUGGUCCGGUUCGUGGUAGAAGAUUAUGACGCCACGUCCCCCAAUGACUUCGUGGGCCAGUUUACGCUGCCUCUCAGCAGCCUGAAGCGAGGAUACCGCCACAUCCACCUGCUUUCCAAGGACGGGGCCUCACUGUCACCAGCCACCCUCUUUGUCCACAUCUGCAUCCAGCACUCCUGA